CGGGAAGGGCCGGGAGGGGCCGUGCUGCUCCCCGCGCUCCCGCGAGGAGAGCGGAUCCUGAGCGCCCCGAGGGCGGCUCGCGCCCGCUGUGGCAGUGUCCCCGCCGCCGGUUUGUCGCGGUGUGUCUCAACAUGGCGGCAGAGCGGGUUAUCCCACUGCGCUUCGUAUCCCGACAGGAGCUCGGCCCGCGCGACAGCCCCUUGUCCCCAAGCCUCCGGCCUGUGGACUCUCCCACCGCCUCCCUCCCGCGGUGCGCGGGGGAAAGCGCCGGCCACUCCCAGGUCCGGCUGCUCGGGGUGGCUGCUGUCAACUAUGGGCGCCAUAAUUCUUUAAUGAAUUAAACGUUCUGUAAGAUUAGACGUGAGGGGGUUUGGGGUUUUUUUCUCCUGUAGGCUUGGGGGGAAGUCGCGCUGUGUGGAGGCUGGCUCUGAGUUCAGAGGGCUUUGGCAAUUGCCAGUGAAAGAUCCUUUUCGUUCUUGACAAAGGUUGGCUCCCGGUAUCAGAGAAAGGAGAAUACAGUAUUUUGGGUGGAGUGCUCAGCUUCCAGACUUCACUUUGUUCUUCACAACUUGGAGGGAUAUGAAGGCAAUUGGAAGAGUGCUUUGUGCUACAGGAGUUGUAGCUGGGCUCAUAGCUUUCUUCUGGAAAGACCCUUUUAUCCCAGAGAGCUUGUCUGGUGCCCGUGUUCUCCUGACUGGAGCCAGUGCUGGGAUUGGAGAGCAGAUGGCGUAUCAUUAUGCCAGAUUUGGUGCUGAAAUUGUUUUGACUGCUAGGAGAGAAGCUGUGCUGCAGAAGGUGAUGGAGAAAUGCCUGACACUUGGAGCAAAGAAAAUAUUUUAUAUCCCUGCAGAUAUGUCUUCCCCUUCAGAACCUGAAAAGGUGGUUCAGUUUGCUGUCCAAAAGCUGGGGGGACUGGAUUAUCUGGUGUUGAACCACAUUGGCAUGACCCAUUUCCAGAUGUGGACAGGAGAUGUGGAAUACACCCGCUGGCUCAUGCAGGUGAAUUUCUUCAGUUAUGUGGCACUUACAACAGCAGCUCUUCCCACCCUGGAGAAGAACAGAGGCUCGCUGGUGGUUGUUUCUUCCCUCACCGCCAGUUUCCUGGCAGUUUCCAUUCUCUCCUUUCCCUUUCCAGGGAAAAUACCCACUCCCUUCACCACUUCUUAUUCUGCCACCAAGUUUGCACUGGAUGGAUUCUUCAGCUCAUUGCGCCAUGAACUCAUCAUGCAGAAAAGAAACGUCUCUGUCACACUGUGCAUCCUGGGUCUGAUUGAUACUGAUACAGCAUUGCAGAAUACCAGGGGCAAAGUGCACAUAAGUGCUUCGCCUGCUCCUGAAGCUGCACUCGCCAUCAUCCGGGGAGGUGCUACACGCGUGCAGGAGGUUUUCUACCCCUGGUGGCUGCAGCAGGUGUGCUGCCUCUGGGUUUUGUUCCCCAGCAACCGGGGCCAGGUUUUAAGGAGUUACUAUAACUACAGCAGUCCUUAAAAGAUGCCCAGUUUGUCUCCUCUCCCAUCCUAUAUCCCUUUUAACUACAUUCCCACCAUCCCACUAAGCCUCCUAUUGGUGUCAAGCAGGAGCAGGGCAGCAGUGGUGGCAAAGUAACUUUAGCUCUUUUCCUAAGACUACUCUUGGUUUCCCUCUCAUCCUGCUUUAGCCAUGGUUCUGAUGUUGCUAGCUGUGAGUUAGAGAUCUUCGCUGUUCACUCUGUCUUAGCCCUCCUCCCAUCUCCCCUCCUUCAGCCUCGCCUGUCUGCUUUUACUACAUCCAGCCUUCUCUCAGCUCUAGCUUUAACGUCUGUCUGCACACUCCUGGGACAUUCUGCUCCUCUGCUUUUUCGAUUCUGUGAACCUUCUUGUUUCAUAUAAGUAGAAUUUUAAUCUCUGUUUUAAUUAAACAGUUUUUUAAUGUGUUGGUA